AUGUUUGUGCGUAAGAUACAAGAAGUGGGUCUAGUAAAGGAAUAUAAAGAGAACGAAGAUAUAAGAAAUGUUUGUAGAAUGAUUUCUGCAUUAGCUUACUUGCCAAUGGAACACAUAGAUGAUGCUUGGAGCAUUGUAUGGGAAAAAGCUUUUAGCAUUGACAAACUUACCACAUUCAUUGAUUAUUUUGUCGAGCAGUGGAUGGACAAUCCAAAUAUGCCCAUUAAAGUAUGGAACGUAUAUGGACAGCGUCAUAGGACAAAUAAUUCUGUUGAAGGGUGGAAUUCCAAAUUAAAUGCAAUCACUGGCAGAAACCAGCCUAAUGUCCACUUAGUAGACAGAAUACUAAAAGAAGGAACACAAAAAGUGUCUUUUAAUUUGAAAUCCAGAGAAUUAGGCGACCCUGGAAUAAAAAGGAAAAAAACAUACGUAAAAUUGGAUGAAAGAAUUGAAAACAUCCUUAAGGAAUUCGAAACAUCAAACAAUUUAGAAAAAUGUCUGAAAUCUUUAAGUUUUGUAACUAGGUUGGACUAA